UAUUUUUAUUAUUCUCUAGUUUAAGCUAUGAAGAAGGACAUCCCUCACUCUCUGAAACAAAUCGCCUUCAGAGACAGACUUUUGCAGCUUCUCAUCAACUUCCUGGAUAUCCUACCACACCUCAGCCAACCGGUCUUUCUGGAAUAUUUGAUACUGGUGUGAACAGUGCCAGCACUAACACUAAGGAAUCUUCAGUAAUGAACUUUCUCUCUUCUGUUGAAUCUCAAACAGCUCAGGCUGCUUCUUCAGGAACUACUCUUUUACCACAAUUCAGGGCUCCAUCCUGGCAGACAGGUAUGCAUUCCUCAGCAGCAGCUGAACUGUUCGUUACUGGACCUUUGCCAACCACUGGAACACUUUCACCUUCUGCCCUCUCUGCUUAUCAGCAUCCCACCACCUUCAACAAUAGGAACUUUGCUACCACCUCACCUUUGGUGCUUCAGGAUUCAAGUUUUAACACUACAUCAAAUGGAAUUCUAAAUCCUCAUGACCCUUUGCUACAAAUCAAAACUUCCCAGGGAACUGUUCCAACUGCUUUGGCAUUUGAGCGCCUGGGCAGUUCUGUGUUAUGUAACAGUGUACCACCUCAGUCCUCAACAUAUCGCUCAGCUCAAGAGUCUGCACCCCAUCUUUUACAACCUCAGUUCAGUUUGUUGCCUUCAGCACUUGGGGGAACCCAGCAAAUGCCUCAAGCCUACAGUACAACUCUCUUUACUAAUUCUACUGCUUCCAUUGAAAGAGCUCUUCGAGAAUGUAGUGUUAUUAAACACCAUCAGCGGCCUUCAGGUACCCAGUCUAUUCAGGCACAACUGACUGGUUCACAGCAUUCCUUACAUAGUUAUCUAUCAAAUGCAAAUGUAGUUAAUUUUCAGGAAACAAGCAGGCAGUCAUCUUUAUCCUGUAGCCCAAUUGGAGAGUCCACUCAGGUGAGCAAUGGAGGACUGCAGCAGAAGACCUCCCAGGUAUCAGUGGAACUUGCUCAAUCUUAUUCAUCUGUAAUUCCAUCAUCAGGGUAUCCUCCUUCCACUAUAAUAGUAAAAAGCUGUUCUGCAAAGGAACCACUCACAUCAACUAAGACUCCCAAACCUCAAAGUAUAAUUCCUCCUGUGCAAACACUAAGCUAUUCCAAACCUUUACAUAACCAGAGUUCUGUAAUAUCAGGCCAAGCACAAAUUUAUUCUACAGCACAGCUACCAAGCCUUUUAUCAGUUAGUCAAUCCCAAAAUUAUGGUUUAGUACAACCACAUAAUGUGCCAUCUAUUGUUCAUUCACAGGUUUAUAGAUCCAGCAAAGUUGAAAAGUUGCCAUCCUUAUAUAAAACACUGACUUUUUCUGGUUCACCUCAGACUAUAACUUCUGAAAAUCAGACACUUAAUUAUUCUAAUCAGCAAGAGGUGUUAUCCUCAGUUACAAAUGAGAAUUACCCUGCUCAAACAAGAGAUCUGUCCUCAGUUAGCCAGUCUCAAAGUUACUCAUCUGGUCAUUCUCAGGGUUUAUCACCAGCUAGCCAGACACAGGUUAAUUAUUCAUCUCAAUCACAAGUUUUGUCAGUUGUUAAUCCUUCAGAAAGCUAUGCUUCGGGGCAGUCCCUGACAUUAACAGCUCCUUCUCUUUCUUAUUCUUCCGCCUCACCGGCUCAGAGUUUGCCAGAGUCUAGCACAACCCAGAAUUAUAUUUCUGUGCACUCUUCCCAAAAUGCUCAAGCUCAAGGGUCAUCAUCUCCCCAGUCCCAAAAGUUUUUGCCUGCCAUUCAGUCAUCUUUUACGUCCUCUACUCAUUGUCAGACAUUAAAGGACAGCAUACCUUCCCCUGAUCCAAAGUCUUAUGCUGAAAGGAAACUUGACUCAAAUGUGUAUACAUCUUCAAAGCAAAAAGAUGGUUUUCCAAUGCAAGAGUUACAGGUAUUACAGCCACAAGUAUCUCUUGAGUCAUCGACCCAAAGGCUAUCUGAUGGGGAAAUUAGUGUUCAAGAAUCAACUUAUAAGGUGUCAAAGGCAGAUGACAGAUAUUCUCAGAGCGUAAUCAGAAGUAAUUCCCAUCUUGAAGGUGACGUUGUUGGGAUUGCUCUACAAAGUUCAAAAAAAGAAGAAAGUAUGGUUAGUUCAGUGACACAACUUAACCAACAAAUUGGCCAAGUCAAUAGUGCAGCAGCCCUUGAUAUUAAGAAGGCAACUGAUUUAAUGCAAACUCCACAAAUAACAUUGAAUACUAAAGACCUAAACCAGCAGCACUCUCUUAUACAUAAGGUACAUGAUGUCAAGGUCCAGGAGCCGCAUGAUCAAAUAAUUAAUGCAUCAUCUCAGAUUCAAAUUCCAAAUCAUACUUUAGGGCAGGACCAUCAGGCAUCUCUUCCUAAUACACAGAUCCUUUUAGAUUCUACCUGUGAUUUACAAAUUCUUCAGCAGUCAAUGCUGCAGGCAGGUUUAGGACAAGGAAAGGCGUCUUUACAAGUACAUCAUGUUCCAAGUCCUCAACAAAUAGUGCAUCCUUUUCUUCAAAUGGAUAGUCAUGUUAUUCAGAGCAAUGGUGAUCAUUCUCAGCAGCAACUCCAUACUCAGAACUCUGAAAUUAUGAAAAUGGACCUCUCUGAGUCUUCAAAAGCUUUACAACAACAUCUAACAACAAAGGGCCAUUUUAGUGAAACAAAUCAGCAUGAUUCAAAGAAUCAUUUUGUUUCCCUUGGAUCAAUAUGUUUUCCAGAGGCAAUUCUUCUCAAUGAUGAAAGAAAUAUUUUAUCAAAUGUGGAUGAUAUCUUAGCAGCUACAGCAGCAGCUUGUGGGGUUACACCUUCUGAUUUUUCCAAGUCAACUUCAAAUGAAACCAUUCCAACUGUUGAAGAUGGUAAUUCUAAAUCUCAUUUUCAGCAGUCAUUAGAUGUCGGGCAUGUAAGUUCAGAUUUUAACUCUAUAACUGCUACAGUAGGAAAGCCACAGAAUAUAAAUGAUAUUUCCUUAAAUGGAAAUCAAGUUACGGUAAACCUUUCACCAGUAUCUACCCUUCAGUCAAAAAUGACUCUUGAUCAACAGCACAUUGAAACACCAGUUCAAAAUAAAGCAUCUAAACUAACGUCACCAGUGACUGGACCAAGUCAUGAAGUCCAGGAGCAAAGGUCUGGCCCAUUCAAGAAACAGCCUGCUACCAAUCAUGACUUUGAAGAUGAUUGUGAAGUUCCUGUUGAUAGCUCAUUAAAUAAUAACAGAAACCAAGAGUUCGUUUCCAGUAGUAGAAGUAUAAGUGGAGAGAGUGCUACAUCGGAGAGUGACUUCACCUUAGGGGGUGAUGACAGUGGUGUGUCAGUGAAUCUGACAAGGAGUGCACUUGCACUGUUGGCCAUGGCCCAACCUGGGGAGGCAAUCAGUGUCAAGAUUGAAGAAGAAAACCAAGAUUUACUGCAUUUUAACCUUCAGAAGAAGAAAACUAAAGGGAAAGGGCAAACUAAAGAGGAAGAGAACAGUAAUCUGAAACAGCUGAAAAGACCUAUCCAAGGCAAACGCCAGAAUUCAAGGGGAACAGAUAUAUAUUUGCCAUAUACUCCUCCUCCCUCAGAAGGCUGCCAUGAUGUUUAUCAGCAUCAAGAAAAAAUGAGACAGAAGAUCAAAGAAGUAGAGGAAAAACAGCCAGAAGUCAAAACAGGAUUUAUUGCCUCUUUCUUAGAUUUUCUGAAAUCUGGGCCCAAGCAGCAGUUUUCCACUCUUGCUGUACGAAUGCCUAACAGGACUAGACGACCAGGGACCCAGAUUGUUCGUACAUUUUGUCCCCCACCAUUUCCAAAGACUUCAUCUACAGUACCCACACCUUUAGUGUCUGAAACGGGGGAUAACAGUCCAUCAGAAAAAGUUGAUAAGGAACUUAAAAACUUAGAACAUUUAUCUUCAUUCUCAUCUGAUGAAGAAGAUUCUGGAGUAUGCAGUCAGGAUAUUUAUAAAAGCACCUCUACUACCUUAACUACUUUGGAUACUACUUCUGAUAAAACAAAGGAAACAGUUUCAGAAGCCCUACAGGUGGUAACUACUAGCCUAACUGCCAAUACUACUGGUACUUCUACUACUUCCUCCACCUCUGUGGGUACAAUUAAGCAAGAACCUCUCUACUCUACUUCAUCUGCAGUAAAUAUCCUGGAAAAUAAAGGCUCUACAGAACUCCCAAAACCCAUCGAACUUGAUGGUCUUCCUUCAAACCAAUUUGCAAAAGGACAAGACACUAUUGCCAUAGAAGGUUUUACAGAUGAUGAGAACACAGAAAGUGGAGGAGAAGGCCAAUACAGAGAGCGUGAUGAGUUUGUGGUAAAGAUAGAAGACAUAGAGACUUUUAAGGAGGCUUUAAAAACAGGAAAAGAACCGCCAGCUAUUUGGAAAGUACAAAAAGCUUUAUUACAGAAGUUUGUUCCUGAAGUUCGAGUUGGGCAAAGAGAAUUUGCUGCUACAAAUAGUUACCUUGGAUAUUUUGGAGACGCAAAGAGUAAAUACAAAAGGAUAUAUGUGAAGUUCAUUGAAAAUACAAACAAAAAGGAAUAUGUCAGAGUGUGUUCCAAAAAGCCAAGAAGUAAGCCUUCACAAACUAGCAGAACUGUUCCGGCGAAGCCUAGUAAUAGCAGUAAAACUUCUGAUCCUCCAACACCAAAAACGACUACAAAAGCCCCUUCCAUGAAACCCAAAGGUAAACAGCUAAAGGUAAAGGCUGAGCCACCACCAAAGAAACGAAAGAAAUGGAAAGAAGAAUUUUCAUCAUCCCAGUCUGAUUCAUCUCCUGAGGUCCACUCUAAUAGUAGUAAUGAGGAAUUUGAUCCUCCAGCUCCCUUUGUCACUCGUUUUUUGAACACAAGAGCAAUGAAGGAAACCUUUAAGAGUUACAUGGAAUUGCUUGUUAGCAUUGCUUUGGACCCUGACACAAUGCAAGCCUUAGAGAAGAGCAAUGAUGAGCUACUUUUGCCUCAUAUGAAAAAAAUAGAUAGCAUGCUGAAUGAUAACCGAAAGAGACUUCUUUUGAAUCUUCAUUUGGAUCAAUCAUUCAAGAAUGCUUUGGAAAGUUUUCCUGAACUAACAAUAAUUACUCGAGACUCUAAAGCAAAAAGUGGGGGAUCUGCUGUUUCUAAAAUCAAAAUGAAUGGCAAAGCUUAUAAUAAGAAAACUCUAAGGACUUCUAAAACAACCAUUAAAUCUGCACAAGAGUUUGCUGUUGAUCCAGAGAAAAUACAGCUAUAUUCUUUGUAUCAUUCACUCCAUCAUUAUAAAUAUCAUGUUUAUCUGAUAUGUAAAGACGAGAUCUCUUCUGUGCAGAAGAAAAAUGAAGAUUUAGGGCAAGAAGAAAUUGUUCAGCUUUGUAUGAAAAAUGUAAAAUGGGUAGAAGACCUAUUUGAAAAAUUUGGAGAACUUCUAAAUCAUGUACAGCAGAAAUGCUCCUAACAUUUUCAGAAAAUUUUCAUCUGUUUUGUAGCACUAAUGAAAUGGUGGAGGGAGUGAUCAAAGUUGGUCUAGAACAGUGGUUCUCAACCUUCCUAAUGCCGCGAUCCUUUAAUACAGUUCCUCAUGUUGUGGU